GACUGCGUGUUUCGCCGAAGCCCAACCCUCUUCAAAACACUUAUCACGCGCUCUGCUACCUCCCCAUAUAAAACACACACACACACACUCUUAAUUUCUCUCGCUAAACCCACGAAUCCAUACUCCCAUUCGCUUUCUCCGUGAUCAUUUUCCGGCGAGAUCUCUGAUACUCCGUCGGAAAAUCCUGAUCGGAUCCGCUAUCUCUGAACUGCGAUUCAAUUGGCGAUUUCGAAAGAUCCGAUUAGAUAUGGCUCCAGUUUCGGCUCUUGCGAAGUACAAGCUCGUCUUCUUAGGAGAUCAAUCUGUCGGCAAAACCAGUAUUAUCACGCGAUUCAUGUAUGAUAAAUUCGAUAACACUUAUCAGGCUACAAUUGGUAUUGACUUCCUGUCUAAGACUAUGUACCUUGAAGAUCGUACAGUACGAUUGCAGCUAUGGGAUACUGCAGGUCAAGAGAGAUUUAGGAGUCUCAUACCAAGCUAUAUUAGGGACUCCUCUGUUGCUGUCAUUGUGUUUGAUGUUGCAAGCAGGCAGUCCUUCUUAAAUACUUCAAAGUGGAUUGAGGAGGUUCGAACUGAGAGGGGCAGCGAUGUUAUUAUUGUCCUUGUUGGUAACAAAACUGAUCUAGUUGACAAAAGGCAAGUUUCAAUCGAGGAAGGAGAAGCAAAAGCUCGCGAACUAAAUGUGAUGUUCAUUGAAACCAGUGCAAAGGCCGGCUUCAAUAUUAAACCUCUUUUUAGAAAAAUCGCAGCAGCAUUGCCAGGAAUGGAAACACUGUCUUCAGCUAAGCAAGAAGACAUGGUUGAUGUCAACCUCAAGUCAAGCAACCCAAAUGCAUCCCAAUCACAACCACAGUCAGGAGGAUGUGCUUGUUAAUUUAAUGGAAAUUUUGGUUGGACGUGCUUAAGUGAUGGUUGAACAGGAUGUAGCUUUGCUAGUACAAUACUACUCUGGCUGUGACAUACUUUUCUGCAGAUCAUUUUCUAACCUUGCGCGAAAAUUUGUGUAUGGUUGAAAUAGAUGGUACUAUAAAAGCAGCUACAUUAUACGGCUUUAUAAGUCUGUACUUCUCGCUGGAAUGUAGACCAAAUCCCGAUAUGUACUUUGAGUUAUCUAAGAGUAAAUAGUUCUGUGUUCCUCUGCCAACGUUGUAACAGGAGGGUACUUGUUCUUAUUGAUUUAUACUUCUCAUGUUCUGAGGUAUUGUAGCAUCAUUUGUUAAUCUCAAGCCUUUGCUUUACAUUUA